CAUCAUCGCUGUCACCUUUGAUCAUUCUUACAUAUCUAACAAUCCAACCUUCGAUUUUUCAAAAACUCAUCAAAGUUCCAGAAGAAUCAUAGUCAAUUUUCUAUAGUAUUCUCAAGUUCAGAUUUUCCGAUUCAGGUUCGGAGUUGAUCACUUUUUCCUCCAUGAAAAGAUGGCAACUGAAGCAGAAAUCAUUCCAGAACCCAUUUCUGUAGUGAAAGCAGAAGAGGAGAUUAGCAAACCUAUUUUGGAUUUGAAGAAAUCCGAAGGUGGAGUCGCCGCACCUGCCGGAACGGAUGAAUGUUUGGACAAAGCAACCAACCAAGAAUUAGCCAGGAAUAAUGGGGUUGAAGCCUUGAAUGCUGUCUCUCAAGGGAAUCCAGAAAUAUCCAAGGGUGAAAGUUUUUCAAUGUCACCUGAGGUUUCUGAGACCUGUGGAAUGCCAGAUCAUAACACGAUUGAUGACACUCCAUUGAAAGCUGAUAAGAUACCGGAGAAUGAUGGAAAGAUGUCGAAGAGUGAGGCAACUGCAGACCAUGAUUCUUCUCUGGAAGAGAAAUGUGGGAGUAUUGUAGAAGAAACAAGCCAAAAUGCUGAUGUUGAGUCCAAUAAACAAGAGGCUAACUUAGAGCUCAAGAAACAAGCUUUGAGUGAUAACCAUGAUCUGAUAAUUGAAAGCUCGAAUGAGGCUAAUGAAAUAGUUAGCAAGGACGAUCACUCAGAUAUUGUUCAAGAGAAACUUGAAGAGAAAAGCAUUGAAGAAACAAAAGACACCGAACCAGAGAAGCUGCCUGCCAUAGUGGGAAAGGAAGAGAGUGCUGAGGCAACUGAUCUGAUUGAAACAUCAGCAAGAGAAAAGGACCAAAUCAUUUCUGAUAGCAUCGGAGACACCUUAACCUCGAAAGUAGCUGAAACCUCAGAGAUCAAGGACAAUGAUACAACCUUGGAAAUCAGUGAGAUCGCCAAGAAAGAGAAUGAGAAUCCACACGAGGAGGCCACUUGCAUGCAUGAACCUGCAGCGGAAGUGGAAACAAAGCUUGAAGAGGUGAGUAAAGAACCAGAAAUGGAGGAACAUCCUAUAGCUGACAUCUCGAGUUCAUCGACAGGCGAUGAAAUCAUGAAAGAAAGCACAGAGGAAAAUGAAAGCAUCCCAUUGAAGUUAACAGAAAAUGCAAGUCCUUCAUUAGAAAUUCAAGACUCAAAAAAGGAUACUGAAGAGAGAACCUUAGUAGAAGGAAGUAUCGAUACUGCUGACCCGGAAUCGGCACCGGCUGCAGCAGAAUCAGAAGAGACAAAGCUAAAGGAAGCUCCUAUAUCUGACAUCUCGAGCUCAAUGAUUAGUGAUGAAACUGUGAAGGAAAGCACAAAGGAAGAUGAAAGCACCCCAUUGAAGGCAAGCUCUUCAUCUGAGCUUGAGGAAUUGAACAAGGAUGCUGAAGAGAAAACCUUAGUAGAAGAAAGUAUCGAUGCUGCUGACAGGGAAUCUGCACUGGCUGCAGUGGAACCAGAAGAGACAAAGCUAAAGGAAGCUGAAGCAGAUGCAGAAGAGAAAAAGCAGGAAACAGAAAAUGUUGUUGCCACUGAAGAAAACAGGCUAGCAACAACCGAACAUGAAAGUGUCCACGUAGAUGGUGCAGACAAUGAGGUGGAACAGGACAAGUCCUCCUUAUCAUGCGAGAAGGACAAGGAGAUAUCCAGGGAAGAAGAUGGAAUGCAGGAUAAAGUUCCAUAUGAGCACUCUGAAACUCCUGUGCCACAAGCAACAGAUGAGAUAUUAAUGGAAAAGGCAGAUGAUCCAACAUUAGAUGUUCCAACAAUAGAGUCCAAAGAGACUGGGCCAGAGCAGUUGGCCGAGGAAUCAUAUGUGCAUACAGAACAGGAGACUGGAGAAUGCAUCUCUGUAGCAAAAACAUCGCAAGAUGAACAAUUAUCAGAUUUAGGAUUGGAAAAAGAGAAGAUCGAAGAUGGAAAGCAGUCAGAUGAAGCCGUGGAUUCAGGAGACACCUCAGGCAUGUACAAAGAUGUCGAAAAGGCCAUCCAAGAAGAAGGUAAUUUAGCUGAGAGCUUGGCAGAAACUGAAAUGCCAAAAGGAGCUCAGGAUCAGAUUCCCGAGGUCAUAAACAUGAAUGAUAAUGAAGGACAAAGUAAGAAACCAAUCGCCGAACUGAGCAAGAGCCAAGCCGAUGAAACCAUUACCGAGGUUCAGAACCAAGAAAGUGAAAAACAGAUAAACGAGGAACCGGCAGACAAACCCGAGGUUGAACAAAAUGCCUAUGAGGUUACCAAGGCUGUCAUCUUGUCUGAAGAGGUGGAAGACUACAGUUCCGUCUCAAAAGAAUGUCUGAAGGAAGGAGAAUCAAAGGAACAGGUAGAAGUGAAAAACUUGGAGUUUGAAGAUCAUUCAAUCAAGGACCGAGAAGCAUCCGUCAUCGUAGAAUCAGAAGAUAGGAGACAGGAUCAAGAGUCUGGAGACCCUGUAAGUACAGGCACCAAAGACGCAGAAUCAGAAGAAAAAAUUAAGGACAUUGUUGAUGAAUCCAAGCAUGAUUGUCAAGACAAGAGUCACGAAAUUUUGACAGAAGUCGGAGUUGAGACAAGCUUAGACAACACCAAGGUGAAUGAGGAGCUUGCGACUUUGAGCUCAGUCAAGACGAGUCUAGAAACUUGUGAGAGUGAUGCUAAUCAAGAGACUAAAGAGGUCGAAAAUCCACAACAUGAACUGGAGAAAACAGAAUCAGCCUUGGAACCAGAAGUGAAUGAAGUUGAACAAGCCAAAGCUGUGCCUGAAACAUCAUCCGAAUGCUUAUCUCAAAGUCUUCAAACUUCUACCACGACAUUGGCUUCCAAGCAAGAAAUUGAAACCACACAAUUGAGUGAGAAGAUAAAAGAACAGAUACAAGAGGUUGCUGAAAUAGUUAAACAUGAGAGUUCGGAGGAUUCUUCGGAAACAAAAACAAUAGAAGAGGUAAGCUUGCAAAAGGAAGAAGAGACAGAGCCCAAGGUUGUUUCAGUAGAAGAAACCAUAGUUGAUCAGGGUCUUCAAAAUGAGGAACCCAAAGAUCAAAUUCAGACAACAUCUUUGACAUUGCCUUCUAAGGAUGAAUUAUCUGAUGCAAAGCAAAUGGCAGAGAUAUGCUUGGAAAAAGAAGAGGUUGAUGAGCUUGGAGAUGGUAAGAAAGCUGAAACUGGUGCUGCUUGUGCUAUUCAAGUGGAGGAACCAAAGGAUCAAAUUCUAGCUUCAGAAUUGCCUGAAGCUGUUGGGGGUCAAGAAACUACUGUUGCUCAAGCUUCAAUAACUGAGGAACCAACUAAGCUUGAAACAAAGGAAGAUGACAAAACAAUGGAAACUGAAGUGAAAGAAGAUGAGAGUCCAGAGAAGAUCCAAGAACAAACAACAGAGGUUGAAGGAGCCUCAAAUGUCGAAGUUGAGACAAGUGAAAAGGCUUUUGACAAUGAAUUAAUCAAAGAGGAACUUGUCAAAGCAAUAGAUGAAGAAAAUCAGUGUGACAAAACAAAUGAAAUCAUAGUGAAUGAAGUUUCAAAAGAAGAGGUCCAGGGUGUUGCUGAAACAUCUUAUCUGACUUCAGAACCGGAACUGCCGGUGAAAGAUGGCCUAGGAGAAGACAAGCUAAAGGGUAAACUGAUUGAAGACAAAGCAUCGGAAACCACUCAAACUGAAGAGCACGUUGUGGAAGCUCAAAAGAUGAGUGAAAAUGAGAUAGCUGAAAAGCAGAUUGUUUGUGAGGAUAAAACUGUUGGAAAUCCUGCCCAAGCUUCAGUUGCAAAGAUAGAAACCGCAACAGUGGUACAAGAGGAAUCAAGUUUAGAAUUACCAAAGUCAGAUCCAGAAGGUACCAAGGGUUCAGAUAAUCAGAUUUCCAGGGAAUUAGAGCCGAUUGAAAACACAGAGAUAACAAGUUCACCAGUUAAAGAAUAUGUUCCAAUAGAUUUGCAGGACAAAGUUGCAGAAUCCUCUGAGAAAGCUGAAGUUGAAGAUGUCAAAGAGGUUUACCUAAAGGAAGCAGAAGUUGGCCAUGGUGGAGACAAAAUAACAGACGAAUCCAGUGAAGAAAUAACCAAGAAGUCUACAUCGGUGGAGGAUUCAACUGAGAUUAAGGAGCUAAAAGAUGAACAUGCGGGAGACAAGACAAAUGAAACCUCAGAAACCCCAAUAUUAGAAAAUCAAAAUGAAAAGCUCACUGUGGAAACUCUAAAGGACGAUGGUUCAAACAACAAUUUUAAGAAAGAGAUUGUUGAAGAAGAUCGAACUGUGAAGGAUCAAGAACAAGCGCCAGUUGCCGUGAAAGAAGCCAUAACUGUUCCAGGAGAAGCAAUUGAGAAGCCUGAAGCAAGAGAUUUGCAACCUGAAAAAGCUGGGGUUGAUAAUGGAGAAGAGAAAACAGAUAAUUCAGGUGUUGAAAUAAAACUGGAACCUGCAUCCACAGGUACUGGUAAUUUAUCAUUGUCCGAUCUACUCCAACAAUCUACAGAAAAGAAAGUGGAGGUGGCUGAACGUGUGAUUGAAGAGAGGGAACUUACAGUAAGCAAGGAAGCAGCACCGGUGGAAGCUGCAGGAACUAUUCAAGCCAAAGAUUUAAAAACUGAUGAAGUACCUGAAGGAGAGGAACAGAAUAAGACCGACUCUGGCUCGGAUGCUCCAGUGAUGGUGGAAGCACCGAGAGAAGCUGAAACUAAACCACCCAAGAAAUCUCAAAACAUACUAUCAGGUGUUGGGUCCAAAGUCAAGAACUCAAUUUCCAAGGUGAAGAAAGCAAUUACUGGUAAAUCUUCUCAUCCAAAAGAACCAAAAGCAAUAUCACCAAAGUGAAGCGAGAAAUGAAGAUCAUCCUCAAUUCUUAGUACAUAAUCACAUAUUUUAUGAUUUGUUUUAUAAGGGUUUGUUUUCUGUCAAAUAUUUUAUGAUUUGUUAAGCUUGGUGAGUUUUUUGUGCAGAUUGAGAAAGCAGUUUCUGUAUUCUUUGGUAUAAAAAUACUUGAACAAUUACAUGAUUGUGAAAAGGAUUUUAAAUAGUUGCAGUC